AUGCUACCACCAUGCGCAGCCAGGUGCUUCCAAAAUGCUCUCACAAGCCAAACGACAUGCGCUCCCACAGAUAUACAAUGCAUUUGCGACGACGGACCCAUCAACGCGGCCAUUCAGAGCUGUGUGGGUGGCACAUGCUCAGUUAAAGAGACACUCACUGCUGUUAACGUCACCUCCACAAUGUGUGAGAGGCCUGUCCGAGACCAAUCAAACGUCAUAUUCUUGACCGGCAUUACGGCGGGUUCCAUUGCUCUCGCCGCUGUGAGCGUCCGCACCUACUCCGCUAUCAGCCAAAACUCGUUCGGACUAGAUGAUGUUUUCGCGAUAGCAGCCGAAGCAGCUUGUCUUCCUGUAACCGUGAUACAAUGCUAUACACCAAAGCUUGGUUUCGGAAAAGAUACUUGGGUUGUCCCUCACAGUGACAUCUACAAAGUUUUGAGGUUAACCUACGGCUCUCAAAUAUCGUACUUCUUCUGCUGUGGGCUUACCAAACUCGCGUUCUUAUUCUUCUUCCUCCGCAUCUUUCCCUCGGAAAACACCCGGAAAUUCAUCUGGAUAUUCAUCUUCAUUUCAGUGCUCUGGACCAUUGCAUUCGCAUUCACGAUGAUGUUUGCCUGCAGGCCUAUCUCAGCAGUAUGGACUUCAUGGGACGGCACGAGCACGCCCGACUAUUGUAUAAAUCAAAACACGUUUUACUUGGUAGCAGCUGCGUUCAACAUUGGCCUCGAUAUCGCGAUAGUCCUGAUACCGAUUCCGAACUUGAUGAUACUGAGGCUCAGCUCGCGAAAGAAAGUCUUCCUUGGCGCAAUCUUCGGCGUAGGUGGCAUUACUAUCGUGGUUUCUUGCAUCCGUCUUAGCGCUGUUGCUAAGUACGCCACCUCAACGAACCCCAUGUACGACAACCUGAUGUCAGGAGUUUACUCCAUCCUUGAGAUCAACGUCGGUAUCAUAUGCGUAUCUAUGCCAGCCUUUCGAAGAUUCCUCGCUCAAAUAGUCCCGAAGUGCUUCGGCACAACGGAGAACAAUUCCGAUCGAACCCCAGGGGAUGACGAUACGCCCAACCGAUUAUCGAAAAAGAAAAGUAGACCGAAUAAGAGCAUGUUGGAUGCAAGUUUGUUCAAUACAACGAUCAUGAGGACUGUGGAUGUCGAUUCAGAGGGCAUUGGGAAGGCGGAUGACGAGAUUCAUCUCGUGGAACUGCACAGGAGUGGGUCAAAAACUUCGACGCAGAACAUGGGCGGAAGUAUGCGAGGGCAUGAGGAAGAGCCGAAGCCUCCCAGCUACUGUCCUUGA